UAAAAAUAGGCGGGCACAUUAAUUUUAUGCUGUCUGUUUGGUAAUUUUUUUAAAAUAUCACUAGACAAUUAUGAACUGAAAUUCCAUUCAUUGUACAUUCUAAUUAAUCAGCAAAGGGAGAGAGAGGACACAAAACCUGCCUGCACGUCAACAACUAUAAAUAAAUCUGAUAGAAACCCUUUGUAUUCAUUUUUAAAACACAUAUUUGACUUGAAAGAGGGAGGCACUAUCUUCGUGCUCUCACGAAAGGCAUCGUUUAUCAAACUGGAAAAUUAUAUAAGGGAAACAAAUACAAGUCAAUGAAGCACAUUGUAACAAAGGCACUAGAAGAAGAUCAGCAAUACACAAAAAGCCACCAAAAUAAAACUCAUGGGUUCUGUUUUCCAUUCACGGAGCAUUAGCUUCUUCUUGAUAGCAUUAACAUCAGCAUUCAUCAGCACAUCCACGGCUACAGGCUACACUCCCGUGUUCCAGCCUAGCCAAUGGUCUCUUGCUCAUGCCACCUUUUAUGGUGAUGAGACUGCCUCGGCUACUAUGGGAGGGGCUUGUGGGUAUGGGAACUUGUUUCAAAAUGGAUAUGGAACAGACACUGUUGCAUUGAGCACAACAUUGUUCAACAAUGGCUAUGCUUGUGGGAGCUGCUACCAAAUAAUGUGUACGCAAUCCCCAUGGUGUUACAAAGGCGUAUUUGCCACAGUGGCUGCUACUAAUCUUUGCCCUCCAAAUUGGAGUGAGGAUUCUAAUAAUGGUGGAUGGUGCAAUCCUCCUAGAGUCCACUUCGACAUGUCCAAGCCUGCUUUCAUGAAAAUUGCCCAAUGGAAGGCUGGCAUUGUUCCAGUCAUGUACCGUAGGGUGCCAUGCAGAAGAACAGAUGGGCUUAGAUUCUCAUUCCAAGGAAAUGGGUACUGGUUGUUGGUGUAUGUGAUGAACGUAGGAGGAGGUGGUGACAUUGCCAACAUGUGGGUGAAGGGAAGCAAAACAGGAUGGAUCAGCAUGAGCCAUAACUGGGGAGCUUCUUACCAGGCAUUUGCUACACUUGGAGGACAGGCUCUAUCUUUCAAGAUCACUUCUUAUACAACCAAGGAGACUAUCUAUGCUUGGAAUGUUGCUCCUGCAAACUGGAACGUAGGCUUGACUUAUAAGUCAAAUGUGAACUUCCAUUGAUCACAUUCACUAGCCACGACUCUCCCUUUAUGUUUGUUUUUGUAUGGGGGGAGUCCUAUAUUGUCCUUGUUUGCCACUUCUUUUUUUUUUUUUUGGUAAUUUUUCUUUGUACAAUUACGUGAUCCUUAAUCAUUUGCUGAAAAUGGGAUGUCAUCUACUAUUAUAAUGAGAGACAGAAGAUGACCAUAUAACUUGACCCAUCUUUCUUAAAGCUAUACCUAUAUUUGAUACUUGUU